AUGAAAAAGGAAGUAAAAAAAAAAAUUAAAAAGUACUUUAAGGAGGAUGGUGGAGAUAAGGUUGGCGGCAACAAGCAGCAACUGACCGUAGAGGAGUAAGAAGAGUUAGACUAAUGCAAUUUAACGGAGAAAUAGAAUUCUGCUUCUAAAGACCACAAUUAAUUCCCAGAUGAUGAAGUAGAAUAUAAAGAGUAAGAGAUACAGCAUAAAAGCGGAAAUAAUUUGGCAAAUAACUUUGCGAAUACUAGCAGUUCUGCAAGCAAUUCAAAUUAAAAAGAGCACCAGCCUGCUGCAGCUACUGCUACUAAUAAUAAGUUGUUUAACAAAGAGUCUUUAAAGAGUGAAGAGGAAGAAGGCGGAAAGAUUGAUGACGAUCAUUAAAAUAAGGAAGAUGAAGAGCCUGAAAUUGAUGUAGAAGAAAUAAGAAAUAAGUUGAGAAAAACUGAAUUAAAAAACUAAGCAGAUCAAUCUUCAAGCAGUGAAGAUGAUGAAGACGAAGAAGAAAAUAUCCAAGAGCUUAGAGAAAGAGUUGUAACAAUAUCUUAGUUUGAAUCGAAGCAAGGAAUAUCCAAAUUGAAAAAAUAAAUUGCAAGUGAGUCUAGUGAGUAAGAAAAUUAUUACCGUCUUUUCUAAAAGCCAGAACAGGAAACGGAAAACUAGCAAGAGAACGAUGAUAAUGAUGACUAAGAAGAAGUUUCAGAUGCUUCCCCGAAAUAAGAAUAUGAUUUGGAAGAAGAGGAUGACUUUUAAGACGACUAGGCGACUAACAAGAACUAAAUAAACUAAGUAAAUAAGUCACCUCAAUAGAGUCCGUAUAAGGAAGAUUCAUUUUAAAAGUAGAAGAUUGUUUAAUUGACAAAAAUACCUUCAAAGAAUAACUCAGAUGAAACUAAUUUAGAUAAUAUGAAUUCUACAGUUGGGACUUCAAUAGAAUUAGGUACUUAAGAUUAGUAGACAGAGUAACUAUUAUAAGGAAAUUAGAGAGUAAGAAGUGAAAGCAAGACAUAUCAUAAAAUUUAAGAUGAUUCAAGCAAUAACAUAUUUGCAGAAGAAGGCUAAGUUGAAAAAAAGAAGAAAAAGAAAAAAUUUAAAUGGGAAACAUACAAAAGAAUGCUGAAAUACUCAAGAAAAUAGUGGAAACUUUCUCUUUUAGGCCAUAUAUUUUUAAUUGCUUAAUCAGUUUCUUAAGUUUUUAUUCCUUCUGUUUCAGGUAGACUUUUAGACGCUACUAUUAAGGAAAGAGACUUAGAUAAACUAAAUUAAUUAGCAUUUUAAGCUAUUCUUAUAUUCCUGGCAAAUGGCAUAUCUUCUUUUUUUAGAACAUUCAUAUUUUCACUCAUUGGUGAAAGAGUCGUUAUUGAUUUAAGAAACGAUUGCUUUAGCAAGUUCAUUCAUAAUGAAAUUUCUUUUCACGAUAAACAGCACUCUGGAGAGCUGAUAAGUAGAUUAGGAAAUGAUAUUUCAACAGCUAAAGCUGCAGCAAGUGGAAACAUUUCUACAACAAUAAGAAAUGUUAUUAUUUGUGUUGGUAAUGUUAUAAUGCUUUUCCUUAUUUCGAGGAGCUUAUUCAUAGUAAUUGCUAUUAUGAUUCCUAUUUUUAUCAUAACUUCAAGUGUUUAUGGAAGAUAUCUUAAAAAAUUGACUAAAAAGUAUUAAGAUUAUACAGCUAAAGUUAGCAGUCAUGCUUAAGAGUGUUUUUCUAACAUUAAAACAGUGAAGGCAUUUUCAAAUGAGGAUAAAGAAAUUUUGAGAUACAACGAUGUUAUGAAAUAAUGCUAUGAAGUAGGUUAUAAUAAAAGCGUUUCCAGUGGUCUCUACAAUGGUAUAAAUUCUCUUGUAUCUGAUUUUGCAACUUUAGCUGUUUUAUGGUAUGGAGGUUAUUUAGUCUUAUAAGAAAAUGACCUCACAUCUGGUCAAUUAGCAUCAGUAAUUUUGUAUACAGGAUCACUUGCAAGUGCAACAUCAUCAAUCAGCUCUUCUCUCAGUAAAAUUGUAACAGCAACUGGUGCCUCUGAUAGACUUUUUAAGCUAAUGGAUAAAAAGCCUAAAAUAAAAUGUUAAGGAGGAUUAACAUACUUUAACUUUAGAGGUGAAAUCAGCUUUUAAAAUGUGGGAUUCUCUUACAAACAUACAGAUCAUGUUAAAGUGCUGAGCGAUUUCAACUUAGAUAUAAAACCAGGUGAGAGAGUAGCUUUAGUUGGUCAGAGUGGAAGUGGAAAAUCUACAGUAAUUAGACUUAUAGAGCGUUUUUAUGAUGUAACUUAAGGCUAAAUUACAAUUGAUGGAUAUAACAUCAAAGAAAUUGACCUAACUUUCUUGCAUAGUUACAUAGGCUAUGUUAGCUAAGAACCUUUACUUUUUUCUGGUACCAUUGAAGAGAAUAUAACUUAUGGAAUGAAAAAACCAUACUCAAAAGAGCUAUUAGAUUAGGUUUGCAAGUUAGCUAAUUCUUAUAAUUUUAUUCAUGAUAAAACUCAUUUCCCUUUAGGUUAUAAAACUUUAGUCGGUGAAGCAGGAGCUAAAUUAUCAGGUGGAUAAAAAUAAAGAAUAGCAAUUAGUAGAGCUUUGAUUUUAUAACCAAGAAUAUUAAUAUUUGACGAAGCAACAAGCGCUUUGGAUGCAGAAAGCGAAUUUUAAGUUUAGCAGGCUAUUGAUGAGCUAAUGUAAAAAUAAAAAGAUAUGACAAUUAUUCUUAUAGCUCAUAGGCUGAGCACAAUUAUGAACUGCGAAAAAAUAGUGGUAUUAAAUAAAGGAAAAGUAGCAGAAAUAGGCAAUCAUAAAGAAUUAAUUGAAAGGAAUGGAAUAUAUAAGCAACUUGUGGAUAGAUAAUUACAAGGUUUAACUAAUUAAUGA